UUAUGAGUUCAACUGUUCAACUAGUACCUUGGGGUUGGUGGCAUUACAUUAAUAUUCAUUUUACGUGUCGAGAUGAUUGACUAUUUUGUUUUUUCGUAAAUUGUUCUGAAGUAGUCGAUUGUUUAUUCGUACAAGUGGGAGUAAAAAUAAUAAAUAAACAUCGCCAUGACAGAUAACGAAAACAUAGAAAUUGUCUUUCCCGGUGAGACGGUAAGCAACGAUAUUUUAAAAAGUGCCAGCAUCAAAAAUAAGGUUAAACUAGGCCCUGGGUUAAAAAGGGCAGCCGAGGACGUUGUAUCCAUAAAAGCUGGCAUUCUGAGAACGAACCGUGAAAGUAACACUGUUUGGGUCGACUACCUCCAGAAACAGUACAUACCCACAACGAAUGAAACAGUUGUAGGAAUCGUCAGCAAGAAAAGCGGUGAUUUCUACAAAGUCGAGAUCCAAGCGGCCGACCAGGCCCUUCUGCAUUACCUCUCGUUCGAAGGCGCGACAAAGAAGAACAGACCGGAGAUAAACAUAGGCGACGCUAUCUUUGGCAGACUGGUUGUUGUCUCACCGGACAUGGAGCCUGAGCUCGUCUGCAUGACGGUCACUGGGAAAAAGGAAUAUUUCAGAGUUCUGCCGAACGAUGGGUUUUUGUUCAGGGUUAGCCUUCAUCUGGUGAGGAAGCUCCUCUCGGUCGAUACUUGUCCUCUUCUCGACAUCUUGGGCAGUCGGUUUAAGUUUGAAAGUGCCAUUGGGAUGAACGGAUUUAUUUGGAUCAAAGGAGAAACCAUCAAAGACACUAUUACUAUUGCGACUGCUAUUUUACAAUUUGAAAAUCAAACCACAGAAGAAAUUAAAAACAUGUUUCAUUGAUUGUAAUUUCUUUUUAAUAUA